AUGCGUUGCGACUUUGAUCAAGCCCGGUGGCUUCUUCUACUGCUCCAGGACAAGGAGAAGGCCAGAGCAUACCUUGCAGAACUGGAGUCUAGUGAACGGCUACAUGACGAAAGAGAGGCACACCACGAAUUGGAAAGCACGAAAGCAGAGAGUGAUGGCGAUUGGGAGAAAGCGAAGAUCUUACUCCAUCAACUCGAGAACAACACGAGAGCCAAAAGACUCCUGAGUGCCUUGAAAAAGAGACAAGAAAUCCAGGCCAAAUAUAAUGAAGGUCUCCGAGGAGAAAUCGCAGCAGCACAAUUCGACUCUCUUGAUCUUACUAAGGCCUGCUCUCUGGUCACUCAGAUGAAAGGCAAGAGACCUCAAGCAUUUGUGACCCUAUUCAAGUGCAAUAAGGCUUUAGCGAAUAAUGCCUUUGAGGAAGCUCAGUCUGUCCUCGAUAACUCGUCACUCCCAAGGGUCCAAGACGCAUUGAAAUCUAUCGUGGCACUUGCGAAAUCCCUGCACAAUGAUAGGCAAGACAGUACUUCUUUAGCUUUGGCUAUGGAUAUGCGUAAAGAGCUACAUAAGACAACUCUCGUCAACUCAUCGGGAGAGGAGAGUGCAGAGACUUGCGAUGGCCACAUUGAGGUCACAGUCUUAGAAUCUGUCCGGCCUAAGCCUCCACCAGGUAACAUGGACACAGUUAUCGAAAAAGUGUGCGAAGAAUUCGUAUUGUGUGGCCACUGGGAUGAGGCCAAAGACUAUCUCCUAACGAACCCGAACAAAAUAGCAUCCGGACCAAUCCUUAGGAGGUUGGAAGAGCAACGAUCAGCACUCAAUAAGCUUGACGAGAAUUUGGAAAGACAAGCCAAAGAAGCAGAGCUGAAUGGCGAUUGGGAUGAAGCGAAGUCCCUCCUUUCUUGUAUCAAGAGUGAUUUCGGUAAAUUCCUGCUUAAGGCUUUGGAAUAUAGCCAGGCACGAUUGAGCCAGAAGGAAGAACACUUGGAAUUACUCGUUCAACUCAAGAAGGACUACCCUGAUCGGCGCCUCAGGCAGGUCGAACUUACACAGUUUAUUGAAUACGCAAAAAUACAUGGGCCACCAGGAAUAGCCCACGAUCAACAAAGUCUUUUUGCCGGAGAAAAGAUGUUGGAAAGUGGUGUUCUCUGGAAGAAGCCCGAUGACUUCCGCAAAGUAUUCGAAAUGAUGGCUGAAGAUAUGCGCGAUGAUCGUGACAGGGUUUGGCAUCGACUAGAACCCCGAGAGUCGCAUCGCCGGCCAGCUCUUGAUGCCGAUUCGGCAAAAGUCGAUGCUUUACUUCGGGUUGGAGCCAGUAUAAGGAGGCAAGACUAUACGUCUGAAUGUUUUCCUCCAUCAACUUCCUCGGAAAUGCAAGAUCUUUUCGAUGUCUUGGGCUUUGUACCAAAUCCGACGCCAUGGUCGAAAGCGGGGACCCGAGACCCAUGUAUAGUCACCAGCAGUGGACAGGUGAUCCGGGAGUACCGCACAAAUCAGCCUGCGUUGAGAACUUUACCCACAGAAAUGCUGGUGACUCUUUGCUCACUCUGCCUCACUCACAAGGAACUCUACAACAGACCACAAGGCAGUGGAGACUUUUGGCAUCGUGUUGCUAAUCACUUUUGGGAAGAUUCGGGCUGGGACUGGGAGCGUGUUAGGCGCCAGGUGCAGUAUAGGAUUCGCGUGUGGCGUGACAAUCCUUCAAAACUGCCCAACGACCCUGAAGGUGACAUUAAACGCUUGGUGGGAGAACUAGUUGCGCAUAUUAAUAGCGUCCAACCUGCACACCUGAGAAUCGUGCCCCGUUCCCCUGGGUCCCCUAGGGUUCCAAAACCUUCUCACCCAGUGGAAGUUCUUACCUUAAGCGCCGUGAAGCGAGCAUUCUCACAAACUGGGUUAGAUGAUGAGAGCCACUGGCCUGGUCUGAAGAACUGCGUCGUCACCUAUGCACCUCCACCGAAGAAGAGAGCAGAGGAACCGGAUGAUGACUUUGAUAAGGCCAAAUCUACAAUUCUCCAAAUUUCUAAUCGGGCUAUCCUCGAUCCGCUCCUGGAGGCUUUGGACGCCACCCGAGAAACCCAAAUCCGAGUCAAUGAACAGCUUGAAAAGCAGGCUAGGGAAGCCGACUCAAAGGGCGAUUGGGAAACGGCUAGGUCUCUCCUGUCUCGCGUCGUGAGCAAGGAUAAAGCUUUUCUUCUCAUGGCGCUAGAUUACAGCGAAUCACGAAUCGAUUGGAGCAGUACCAAAGCAUACAAUACGAUGAAUGCCCUUUUGAAUAAAUUCCCCGACCCACGCCUCGACCAGGUGGACUAUGAACGGGAAAUCCUGGAGUCAGCCGAACGAUGCAGAAGAGACAGGAAGAGUCAUUAUCAAUCUAAGCUUCGUGACCACAGAAGCAGGUUCGGUCGUCUUUGGUCACGGAACGAGGAUUUCCGCAAGGUUUUCCAAAUUAUCGCUGCAGACAUGCGCCGUGAUCGUGACAAGGAAUGGUAUGCAAAUCCACCUCGAGCUAGGAAGGCAUAG